AUGAUUUUCAUAAAACUAUCGUUUAUAACGUUCUUAUUGUUGACAGUUGGUCUGUUUGUGAGCGGGAUGCGUCCUCCGGAGAAUUCGGUACAUCAUUUCGUGAAGCGUUCCUUGGCCAAAGACGGAGAGUAUGUAAGAGCUGCCUACGAAAACGCGUUCGAGGGACCUCACAGACUGAGAGGCGUACCUGGGUUCUUGCACUAA